AACUCGAAAAUGCAUACCACUUUUAAAAACUGGAGACAGAAGUUUGCCGAUUUUGUACCGGAUGUAGAGUUAACAUGUGGGAUAGUGGUUGUGAUCGCGUUGUCAUGCAUCCUCAGUGUACUAACAAAUUUCUUAGAUAUUUCGGAGCAUUUUUUCAGUUUGGAGUCUAGUGCUAUCCUCAAGGGCCAUGUCUACAAACUCUUCACCUAUUGCCUGUAUCCCAAGAAUAUGACCAAUUUAUUCUUAAAUGCCAUAGUGAUGGUGUAUCCCUGUAUCGGCCUGGAAAAAGGAACUGGAACUAUCAGAUUCCUUUAUCUGUCACUGCUGCUGCCAUCCAUCUGUGGACUGCUACACGUGAUGCUGGAGUUGCUGCUGUUCUCCUCGUCCAAUAGGAGCUCAGUAAAUGGACUCAUCCCAUUGGCCCUGUCAGUUUUGGGCAUGGUGACGAUCAAUUCUGCUAUGCGGAAGGCAUAUUUUAUGGGCAUUAAUGUGCCCACUGCAUCUCUGCCCUGGAUUUUUUUAAUAGUUGUAACUGUCUUCUUCCCAAACACAGUCUUCCUUUGUAAUGUUCUGGCCAUCAUCACAGGAAUAAUAUAUGGUAUGGGAUGGUUUUCACUGUUUGAGAUGUCAGAGUCCAGAGCUUCUGUCCUGGAGAAAAAGUUCCCCUUACGCUUGCUCAAGUAUGUACCUGGAGUACAGUUCAUCCCUGCAUCAGCAGAAGAACGUAACAAACCUCUUGACCUCACAAACAUUACCCCUGGGUCAUAUCCUGUCCAGGCCUACGCACCAGUAAACCCUGCCACUGGUCAGGCUAUGGGAAACCAGGCAAACACACUGGAUGGUUGGCCUCAGUCAACAUACCCCCAACAAAACUACACAUUCCCAUCACCUUAUACUGGAAGCUCUGGAGCCGCCACUUGGUAUAAUCAUGGACACAGUCAUAGUCAUGGACACGAUCAUGGACACGGUCAUAGUCAUGGACACGAUCAUAGUCAUGGACAUGGUCAUAGUCACGGUCAUCAGUUUGAUGCUGCCCAUCACUAUGGCAACCCAUGGAUGUCUCCAUAUGCUCAAAGUCAAAUCAGUCCUCCAUUUAAAGCGCCAGGGCAACCUUUCAGUGAUCUACCUCAGCCAGGAGUUUCAUUCACACAUCAGAUCUCCCAUUUAGAGUCUAGCGUGCCCGGUGUUCCUCCACCUGCUCCUGGAUCCUAUAUGGCACGCUCAACCUGAAAAUGUAAUAUCUUUUGGAUUCGUUGGAUACUUCGUGUCUUUAUCACAAAGAUGUACAACAUGCAUAUUUGCUUGUAUAUAACUUGGGCGUAUUUGUUAUUUUUAUUCAUUUUAUAUACUAUAGUUAUCUUUUUAGUUGCAUCUUUUUGUGCCUUAAAGCAACACCAAAGAGUUUUUUUUACCUUAAAAUAACGUUUCCAAAAAAGUUUCAGUGGUUCAUCCACUCAAAACAGGGUGAACGGCACAUUCGCUUUGCAGCCCUCUAUCGGCCAAAACCGCACUAAAGAAGUUUCCAACCGUCGGGUAGCGGUCCUGUAGAUUGAGUGAAAACUAGAAAAACUUGCUUUACGGCAGACCUACAAUCCAAUCAGAGCCAGCUAUGCUGCAGUAUUUACGACAGUGGUAAUGAACAAUUACGCUUUUAACCUGUAGGGGGAGCAAAGAGCAAUAAGUCUUUAGUGUUGCUUUAAUUUAUAGAAUUGAAUAAAAAUAUUUUCUAUUAUAAUUACUGUGUAAAUUCGAACUUUUUCUUUUUGUAAUAUUUUUUAUAAUUUAAUACAUUUAAUUUAAAUAAAAAUAGUAUACAUUAAA